AUGGCCUCUCCCAAGAAGUAUUAUUGCUUCCUCUUUGCUUCUGUUUUAGCUAUCAGCAUCUUCUUCAACAAUGGAACUGCCAUUGAAGAAGAAACAGAGGCCAUAGGAAGCAAACCAUGGCUAACAGUUUCUCUCUCCUCUCUCUUUCCAUCUCACACUUGCACACCUUUAACAGGUUUGAAGAAGAAUUCAGGCUUGGAAGUGAUACAAAGACAUGGGCCAUGUGGUGAACUAAGGCAUGGGAAAGCAAAUCCUAAAACUAUUCCAACACACUUUGAUAUCCUAAGUGAAGAUCAAGCAAGGGUGGAUUCACUUCACUCCAUGCUCUCCAAAAGGUUGAGCCAUGACAAUAUGAAGCAAUUGGAUUCUAUAGAGUUACCACUAUUGCCCGGUGCGGUCCUUCGCACCAAUGGCGAAUACAUUGUCACCAUUGGCUUGGGUAGCCCUGAAAUGAACUUGUCACUCAUUGUUGACACGGGAAGUCAUCUCACCUGGACACAAUGCAAGCCUUGUAUUGUUAAAUGUUACAACCAACAAGAACCAAUCUUUGAUCCCUCUAAGUCCACAACGUAUUCACACAUCAAUUGUAGCUCUUAUACGUGCAAUCAGAUUUUGUCUACUGCAAGAUAUCAAGAAUGCCCUAAUUCUCCCACAACAUGUAUAUAUGUGGCUAAAUACAUGGACACUUCUACCUCGGCCGGCUUUCUCAGCAAAGAAAGGCUCACCGUCGCCGCCAAUAACACUUUUGACAACUUCUUAUUUGGUUGUGGCCAAAACAACCGAGGGAUUACCUUUGGUGGUGCCGCCGGCGUACUUGGCCUUAGCCGCCACCCAAUCUCCUUCAUCCAACAAACGGCCGAGGCCUAUAACAAAGUCUUCUCCUAUUGUCUUCCCUCCAACCCUAGCUAUGUCGGCCAUCUCACCUUCGGCAGCGACGGAGUUUCCAAAGAUGUCCAAUACACUCCGAUCAGCAACAUCCCCGAGUUAACCUCGUUAUACGGCAUCAGCAUCAUCGGAAUAACCGUUGGUGGAAUAAACCUAACGUCCGUUACUUCUACAUUGUCAUCGGCCAAAGCAAUCAUUGACGUCGGCACGUUAAUCACGAGGCUUUCGCCGUCAGUUUACACUGCCCUGAGAUCGGAGAUCCGACGCCGGAUGGCGAUGUAUCCGAUGGCGAGCGAGAUGUCGAUAUUGGACACGUGUUAUGAUUUUAGUGGGUACAAGACAGUGAUGUUCCCAAAGAUAAGCUUGGUGUUUGGUGGCGGGGUUAAGCUAGACUUGGCUGCGAGUGGGAUCUUUAUUGCUGUGAGUCCCAAACAGGUGUGUUUGGCUUUUGCUGCGAAUGCCAGAGAAGAUGAUAUUAUUAUACUUGGAAGUGUUCAGCAGAAGACGAUAGAGGUGGUGACUGAUCUUAAUGAUGAAAGGCUUGGAUUUGGGCCUCCUGGUGGCUGUAAGUGA